AUGCUUUUCCCAUGCGCAGGGAGAUCCAAGAUGAACGCCCCCAAGAAAGGCACGAGUAGCUCCAAAGCCGGGAAAACUCCAGAAGAAAUUGUCGAGGGGUUCAACAGGCUACGUCAGGAGCAGCGAAAUCUGAUCAAUAAAAUCAGCGAGCUUGAGAAUGAUGCCACUGAACAUAGGUUGGUGAUAGACACUCUUGCUGGUGUUGAUGAGAACAGAAGGUGCUUCAGAUUAGUUGGUGGAGUUCUUGUUGAGAGGACUGUGAAAGAAGUUUUCCCUGCCCUUCAGACCAACAGGGAGCAGGUAUAUAUGUUUCUUUCAAGCUUACUAACUGGUUGA